UUUGGAAGGUUCCCAUUUGGAUUGAAUAGCACCGUGUUUGGCUGCAGCGUAGUUAGUGUUGGAGACUCAAUGAAAUCUAUGGUGGUUUAGCGGGUAUGGAUCGGAAGCAGUCCCGGCUUGGACCCAAGAAUAUGGAUUAUAGCUUCUUGCUUUUGCUCCUCCUCUUUCAUGGCGUCCUUCCUCACUCUUCUGGUAAAUCCAAUGGAGUGUGUGUUUCUCAAGGAGGUCGUUUUCCUCCCUUCAAAUCUGAGGGUAGUGUUCCCAAAAAGGGUCCUAAAGAUUUGACCCUCUGCCGGAUAUUUCGUAAAAAGACUUGUUGUGAUGUAACCCAUACACAUCCUGCUCUGAUGUCUGUAAGGAAGCUAGCUACAACUGGGGAAGCUAACCCAGAGUGCUUGCACUUAUGGGAACUGUUGGAAUGUUCCAUUUGUGAUCCGCGUGUUGGUACUCAGCCUGGACCUCCUCUUAUUUGUGCAUCUUUAUGUGAGAGAAUUUAUGAGGCAUGCUCAAAUGCUUACUUCUCUAUGGAUGUGAAAACACAGAUUCUAGCACCUUGUGGCGUAAAUGACUUUGUAUGUGGUAGAGCUGCUGAAUGGGUCUCCAACGGUACAGAUCUUUGUGUUGCUGCAGGUUUUCGAGUGAGCUCAUCUGAUAUUGGAUUUAUUGCCUCAGAAGAGGCUUCUUGCUAUGGUGAUAAAUCCAGUCUAGGUUCUGUUGCUGAUACAUGGAAGACUUCACAUCUUGAGUUGACCCAGAAAGGUGAGAGCUUGAGGAUGUUGGAUGAUUUCCACCAAUGGGUGAGGGAAAUGCCAUUCGGUGAAAGGGUUUCUUGGGCUAUUGGAGGGAUGGUUCUAACAGCAGGCUUGGUGUUUGUAAGCAAAAGAAAAAGCCAUAGCCAACGCCAGAAACUAGCUGCUAUAAAGCGAACUGCGAGAAAGCUUGGGGGCAGGAUGGUGGAGCAACUGCCUUCUAAUGCUCAAGAACAUAGAAGAAGAAUUUCCAGAUGAGUGUUCCUUGUAUGUGAUGUUGAGAACAUAAUUAACGGUGCUAAUUUGUAGUUGAAUCCUUGAGUUUCUUGUUAUAAUUAUCAAAAUGAAAUCUUGCUGUA